CAGUUAGAGCUAAAUGUUUCAUGUAAACUUAAUGCAAGGACGGAGCCUAAUGAAUAACCAGAGCUCAAGUUGUUGCAGGAGAUUCAAUGUCGGUUGAAACCUAAAACAAUAGAUUACUUAAGUUUAAUAAUUUGUGCUCCAAUUUUACUGUGGUGUUGAUUUUGUGUUUUCUGUUUGUUUAGGACCAUUUUAAGAUUGUAAAAAUGUGUAACCUUGUGAGUUCUGUAUUAUAAUUAGACUACUAUAAUUUUAGAAAACUAUCCAUAAGUAUUUUGGAUCACUGACCUAAUUUGUUAAGAUUUUUGGAUUUUUACAAAAAUUUUAAUGUUUAGAAUAAUAAAAAAUUAAAUUCAGCAAAUAUAGCUGAUUUCAAAGGGAACAACUGUAUCCAUUUAAAAUGCUACUUCAAUUCUUCACUGAUGUUUCAGUAAGAAUCAGAUUGAUAGUUCUGUGUCUUCAUUGUGGAAUAAGUCUUUAAAAAAAAGCUGUGUAUUGGACUGAAAAAGUGCAAUGUUAAUUGAAUAGCUUCGUUUCUCCUGGUCAGAUUAGUAGCAUGUUUGAUAAAGAGCAUUACUCAUCCCAUGGCUGAAUUCAUCUGGUGAUAUACAUGACUGUUAUCUAAACAGUAUGACAUCAUUUCUCAAGCUUACACAUGACGAUUGCCACAAUAACUACAUUACAUCAGUGUUUACUAAUCAAAUACUUGAAACUUGCUAUAUGUUAAAAUCACUGUUACUGCUAGCAGUUGACUGAGAACAGCAUUUUGUGUUGAAAUUUGUUUUUAGAAUUACAUACUUAGAUAUUUUUUCUGUUUUUUUAUUAAAAAAAACUGACCUAGAUGUAAAAACUUAUAAACUAACACUGACCUAGUUAUGAGGCUCAUUAGAAAUUCAUGAAACAGUAUUUAGUAUCUCAUGUGAAGCAUAACAAAUUUGAUGGGAGAUGCAUUGUCAGUGCAUCAAAUUAAUAAAUUAUUAACUGUUGUAGAGAGCAUACAUAUUUUUUUAUAUUCUGUUGUUGUUUAGUUUUCUGUUUUGUGGCUAAAUUAGUUCCUCUUGCAUUUGAUAUAAAAAUGUAUUUUGUAGGUGGCUCUUGUGACUUACUGUACAAAAUCAGUUUUUGUUUUUGGGUUUUUUAAAUGUGGUGUUAUAAGCACUGAUUAACAUUUGACCUGUUUGAGUGACAUAAGACUUAGAGAUAACUUUUUGCUGUUAAAUAGGCCUAUAUGAAACUUUGUUAUCAGUGUCAUGACACUAAAGUUGUAAACAGUUGCGUUUUUUUACUUUAAUGUGUUUGGUAUAUAAAGUAUGACAAAAUAAAUUUAUCCAAGUUUAAAAAAUAAAUAUCAGUUUUAUGAUUAAAAUUAUUACCUAAAAUGAAAUAUACUGUUCUAAAACUGAAAUAUUAAAGCAGAUGCAAUUGUUGCUAAAUCUAUUUGUAUUAAAGCUGGAUUUAAUUUUUGUCUUGGAAAUCAGUUUGCACAAAAAUAUGGAGUACUUAAGGUAAAUAAACAGAGUGAACAUUUAAGAUAUAAUUUAUCACUGACUAUUUAUGUCAGCCUAUUCAUUUAUUUUCUACUAGCCAAUAGUAUACAUUACAUAACAUUUUAUAACGUCUAGCAUUAAGGUUUCUGCUACUACAUAGUGGUUUUUAAUUAUUUUUUUAAAAUGAUAAGCAUUUAACUACCAUAGGUUGUAUUAAUAACAGUGUAAUUAUUAGGCCUUCAAGUUAUUUUUGUAUACACAGUGAAGAAACACACUUUAGCCUAUGUUAUCUUAUCUACCAUUUUUAAGAUCGUGGUUUUGUAAUUGUUUAUUUUGCGGUGAUAGCUGUUAAUAAUAACUGCCUGAUACAAAUGCUACAUUUUGUAUCUGUGUUGUUAGAAUUAAUUGAAAAUGGAAUAAAAAUCUUUUUGGUAAUUUUUGUUAGAUUUCUUAAACAUAAUAAUAAGUUUAUCAAGCAGUGUCAUCUCUAGUCAUUGUGCUCUAGCUGAUUUGGAUAAUGUUUCCUUUACAUCAUGUUGGGAUUUUUGAAUAUUUCGUCUGAUUUGCUGUACGCUAAAUGCUUGCAUUCCUUCACCAUUCCAUCCCGAUAAUAAAUUAAACUUUGAAUUAUGCUGCCUGUUGUUCCAAACAUGCACAAACCAAUAGUUUUAAUACGAUGGAGUGGUGCAUCAUCGACAUUUGAUCCUGGUGGCCAAACUUCAGAUGGUGGAGAAAGUUCAAGUGGGCAGCAUUCAAGAUUUUACCCUCCAGUAUUUAUCCCCCAUUACAGGUGUGAACGUAGUGAUUUUGCCCAGUCCAUGAAGAUAGAUCGUAGUGAUCAAAAUUCUUCAGAAAAUUACAAUCCAUUUGAAGAUUCUGAUGAACAAGCCAGUCUACUGUCUUCUGUCAAUGUUGUGCCAAAGACAUCUGGAGAUGGGUACGAAGUCCACAAAUCUGCUUAUUUUAGAGGAGACAGCUACACACUAGAAGACACCAGAACUUCAUUGGUAGACAAACAUUUGCCUAACGUACACCCUACUCCGGAGACUCUCCACUAUACUAGGGCACUUGGGAUCAGAUCUACUUUUAAAGCAGAAAGACCAACACGAAUAGGAUCACAUUUCUCCAGAAACAUAAGCAAUCCCAGCUUGAGGAGAAAAGUCCAAGAUAAGCUGAUUGAAGCUACUAGCAAAACUGAGAUGUAUAGGUCUAAUACUUUCUCUGACUCAAGUAGCGUUAUGUCAUACGAUGUGAGAAAUAUCUCAUCACCGGGUAGCGUAAACAAGAAUGUUUACAUCCCUUCAUCUCGCCCAACCUCCCCAUUCAGUACAGCCUCAUCUCACCCUGCUACACCGAAGGACUUCCUUAAAGUGUCCCCAAGCAAAGCCUCCACAUUAACAGAGGUAUCUGCUAAGUGCACAGAUGAAUCCAUUUUCAGUUUCCAACAAACAUCUAUGCCAAUUAGCUCAUUGAAGGAUUCAGGUGUUGGUAGGCCUAAUGACGUUUGCAAAACAUCUCCACAUUCCUCUACAAAUAAUGAAGCAGAGAGGAGGCCCAAUCUAAAACGAUACAGCCCAUUGAAUUUUUGGAAAAAACAAUCGGAAGUAAAAACUGAGACCAAAUCUUUCAAGAAUGUUUCAGGUCAAGUUGGCCAAUUAUCUGUAAAGAAUAAAACACUUGAGUGCAGCUGUAGACUUUACCAUGCCCAUUGUUUCCAUGGUGAUGUUAUUAACUCUGAUCUAGAGGCCAGAAAAGAAAAACGACAAGACAUGAUUCUCAUGUCAAUACAGCAAGAAGAAGAUCAUCUUUCAGAAGGCAUUGACAACCCACGGAACAUCUUCUGGAUUCCAACUCUUUCCUUUCACCCAUACCAAGUUGGCGAGCCCCCUGUGACAUUCUCAUCGCUUUGGCCCAAGUAUAAAGAUCUACGAGAGCACUUCCAAAACUCAGGAAUUCAGAAGUCUGUUCUAAGUGCUGAUGCUGUGUUUGACCUCUGUACCUUGGCCUGCACUUGUGGGCCUACACAUCUGCUACAGUGUCUUAUAGAUUUACAAUUAAUCAGAGUGGAUCAGCCAUUAAAUAACGGGUCUGGUUUGUUGCAUUUGGCUGUGCUUGCCCACAAUACAGAAGCUGUAGACUAUCUUAUGACAGCCAGGAUCUCACCCAGAUUAAAAGAUAACCAAGGAUUAACAGCAGAUCAAGUUUGUUGGAGCUCAGCUGUUAGAAAGCAUAUGGCACCUAGAUACCUUUUAAACAAAGAUUUUUCUAAAGAGCGAGCUCAUCUCAUGCCAAGCCUUCAAGACAAAGACACAAUUUUUAAAAUGGCCUCUGAUGCUAAAUAUUUUGUUGAUAUUCAGAAAAAGUUGCAGACACUUGACUUUAAUGUCAACACAGAAUGUGACAACAAUGGAGAUUUUCUCUUGCAUAUAGCUGUCAAAGCAGGUCUAAAUCAGUUGCCUCUCAUAAUGGCCCUCAUAAAGAUACAAGGUGCUGACAUAGAGCUUUGUAAUGCUGAUGGUAUGACUCCCUUGAUGCUAACAGCUAUAUCUGGAAACUAUGUUCUAUGUGAUGUUUUAAUCUGUUUAUUUGGAGCUGACCCAAAUAAACGAAAUUCAUUGUCAGGAAGUAGUGCACUACAUUUUGCUGCUGAGGGAAAUCAUAGAAAAUGUGUUGAGUGUCUCAUACGCCGAGGUGCAGAUGUGAAUAUAGAAGAUCAUGAAGGCCUAAGACCCGAUGAUAUGCCAAGUUGCAUUGUUGCUACAGAUGAUUGCAGUGAAGUCAUUUCUUCUAACAGGAACCAUCGGAUGGAAAUGCUUAGUCAGCUGAUCAAAAAGGAUGAGCUUGUCUCUAGCCAGCUUCUGCCCUCAGAUCUCUCUGUUGUUGAUUCUGAUGGCUACACACUGAUUAUGACAGCAGCUAUUUAUAAUAGAUAUCAAGUGCUCCAUUGUUUAUUAGAAGUUAGUAGUACAACAAUAAAUGCUCAGCACAGUAAAACUGGAAUGACAGCUCUGUCUAUAGCUGCCAGCUUGGGAAAUAAAGAAGCUGUCAGUGUUUUGCUGAGACACAAAGCCUGCUCGCUGAUUGCAGAUAUGUCAGGGUACCUACCUCUUCAUCAUGCUGUUCUCAAUAAUCACCAUCACACAAUUGAUAUUAUAUUGGAUUAUUUUCCCUCAACUUAUGUGGGCUUGUUUAAAGCAAUAAGCUUGUGCAAGCAAACAUCUAUUCAAAAAAAACUUAAAAAGGCCUGGGAAAAACGACAAAAGGAAAUAGUGACACCUAAAUUGCUGUCCUGUGCUAUAAAUGGAGAUGCAGAAGAGCUUUUUAAACUUCUUGAAGAAGGGGAUAAUAUAAACCCUAAGAGUGCAACAGGAAAUUGGCCCACUUAUUUGGCAGUUGAAAAUGGAAAUUUAGAAGUGUUAAAUCUCUUGUUUGAGAAAGGGGGUGAUAUUCGCCAGAGACAUCCAACAACAGGAGCAACUGCAUUGCAUGUGGCAGCAAAAAUGGGACACUUUGCAAUUGUUUCUUACCUUCUUCAAUACUGUAAAAAUUCUCAUAAGAAAUUUACGUCCUUAAAAGUAGGCCAUAGAGAUGUAUCUAAAGUGCAAGAAAAAUAUAGCUCAUUUUCCAAAACAAUGCGUACACACAAAGAAAGACUUUUAGAUAUUAAUGCUAUGGACAGAGACAAUAGAACAGCAUUACAACUUGCAGCUGAGAGAGGUUUUAGUAAAAUUGUGGAGUUACUUUUGUCCUAUGGGGCCACAUCAGCAAUGCUGGACAAUGAAGGCAAUCUAGUAUCAUGCCAACAGUUUGAAGGUGUCCGCAUUAUUAUUGAGUCACAUAGACAGCAGCAUACAAAGCAAAUCAUCAAAUGUAUCCAAGACAAGAAAGGCUUAGAAAUGCUGAAACAAAUUUGGCUGCCUAGGUUUGAUCAUAAUUUACGCAGUAAAGAAAGCAACACUCCAUUGAUGGUGGCUGCUGCUUGUGGUAACAUCCCUGUUCUAAAAUUUUUGUUAGAAUCAGCUGUUUACCCAGAGGUCUCACAGUAUGAAUCAGAGAGUGAUAGCGACACAGAUUCAGGUGUCUUGGUGCCUUUGUCUUCUAGGGAUCUAAGUAAAGAUGAUGACUUACAAGCCAGUAAUAGCUCUUUUAUAAACAGUUUGGAUUCAACAAGUGCCACCAACCAACAAGAAUUAACUAACAGCUUGACAACAAGUGUAGAUCUUUUUUAUCAAAAAGGUUUAAACAAAAUACUUCAUGAUUCGACUAAACCUAAAGGCCAAUCAAUUUAUCAUGACAAUCUUGUCAGUCAUGUUUGUGCUGUAAAUUUGAUUGAUGGCACUACUGCAUUACAUCAGGCAGUUAGACAUACAGAUGCUACAAAUAUCUUGAUCAUGCUUCUUAAUGCUGAUCUUGCUGCACUGAACAUGCAGGAUAAAAGAGGGGAAACAAUACUUCAUACUGCAUGCAGACUCAACAAAAGCAAAUUAGUAGAAGUUAUUUUAACACAACCUGAUUUAGACCUAAAUCUUCGAACACUUGAGGGAUGUUUGCCAGAAGAGUUGACCACCUCUAAGGCUAUAAAAAAAAGGAUCAAUAAGGCUAAAGCAUGCUUGUCAAAUAUAAGCAAACCUUCUCUAGAGAGGGCAACUUCACUUGUUGGGAGUGAGAGUGCCCCAAGUAUUACUGGCUCAACAGUCAAUUUUGAUACAGUCCAAGAACACUAUCAGGCUAUGAAACUGGCUGCUAAUGAAGAACACUUUUCAUAACAGCUUGUAUUUGAAGCUAUUUAUAAAUACAAAUAGUUAAUGAAUGGCAUCCAUUCACUGUUUAAUAAAAUAUGACAGUAAAUAAUUGAAAAUUUGUUAAAUGUACACUAUCUGUGAUCCAAGUAUAGUAUUAAUGCUUUUUUUAAAUAAAUUUGUUAAUGUUUGUACACCUUUGUUUACAGUAGCAAAUAAAACAUAAAUUUGACAAUACACAAUUUCAUGGAAAAGCAGCCUACAUAACUUCUAUUCUUAAAGUAUGUAUAGUGGCUGUGUGUAAUGACAGUUAACUACCCUAUUACUAUAAAACCCACUGUACUUUCAUUUGAUGUAAUUAGCCUUCUUAUUAGUUGUUCAAACUAAUAUUUUAUGAUAUUGUUUAACAUGUUUUGUUGUAUUUGUUUUUUAAAGUCUUAGGUCAUUACAUCAAUUGUAAAAAAGGCUCCAUAAAACAUUUGCCAACCUUUAUUUAGUUGAACCUUUUACUUUGUAAAUUGGAGUCCAGUAUUUUAAACAACUACCAACCAGUAGAUGUGAUAUUAUGCUCAUAAUAUACCCGUAUAAUAUACAUAUAAAUUAUCCAAAAUUGUAGAAAAAAAUGUCAGUAUAUUAUAUGCAAAUAUAUACUAUUGUCAAAUGUUAACAGUUUAUACUUGUAUUAUCAUGUUUUAAGAAAAACAAGUUGAUUGUUAUUUGCCUAAUACUUGAACAUUUUAUUGACCAAACACUUUGUGAAAAUUAUCAAAUUAGUUCUAUUUUCUGGUUUUUGACUUUUAUGUUUAUUUUUGAUAAGCUCAAUUUCACAACUGAAAACAUGUUAACACUUUUAAUUUGCAUGAAUCUUUGUUGUAGGUUGCAUACUAAAUGCAAAUAAUAUUAAUAAAUGUUUUUAUAACGGUAAUAUCUUAAAUAUACCAUUAUACAUUUUGUCAAGGAAGCAGUUGUUGGUCUUGUGUAGUUUGCUACAUUUUUUAUUUAGUUGUUUUUUUUCCUUUUUGGAAACAACAAUUUUACAUUAAAUUUUACCAAGAAAAUUGUUACAUUAAAUUUUACCAAGAAAAUUUUUAUAUUAAAUUUUACCAAGAAAAUUUUUUAUUUAAUUUUACCAAGAAAAUUGUUACACUCAAUUUAACAGUGGAAUGUACAUCUGUAUAGUAUAUAAUUUAAUAAUAGUGUUUUAAAAUUAUUAUGCA